AUGCUCAGCAGGCCAACGAAAAUCAGGGGUGACGUGAAGAGCAACACAGCCAAGAACAGCAGCACGAGUACCGAGCAGACCCCAGCAGCAGGUCGGUGGCAUGACCCAAUCAACAAGAACAGCAGCAGCUUGAAGAGGAAGAAGAGCACCAACCCACAGCACAGGAACACAGUUGCUCCUGGAGUUCUUAUUGUGGGUGAGAGGGGAACUGGGAAGACAUCCCUUGCGCUAGCCAUAGCUGCAGAAGCUAAGGUGCCUGUUGUUGAAGUCAAAGCCCAACAGUUGGAGGCUGGUUUAUGGGUUGGCCAAAGUGCAUCAAAUGUUAGAGAACUAUUUCAAACAGCACGUGAUCUGGCUCCUGUAAUCAUAUUCGUGGAGGAUUUCGACCUAUUUGCUGGUGUCCGUGGCAAGUUUAUACAUACCAAAAAGCAGGACCAUGAGGCUUUUAUCAAUCAACUUCUUGUGGAACUUGAUGGGUAA